UUAGUACAAAUGAACAAAAAUGAUCUACUCAAGUAUAUUAUCGAAGUAAUAACUAAUAAUUACUUCCUAACACGAGUUGUCUAUUCAUCGAGUAACAACACGCCAUGUUUUAUUGUACUGAAGCCGAAGGUUGCAAAAUGUCGGCGAGUCGUUUCCCCGGAAACAAGCGUAGCGUCGGACCUCCGUCAAGGUAACGACGACUUGGAAGAUGCGUAAAGGAAUGAAGCCGUAUGCCAGUAUGAGUUGAACAUUUCGAGGCAACAAUUUUUACUCGCAACGAAACAUUAAAUUCCCAUUUCAGAGACAUCUUACACGUCACGCGCUUUACGUUGCCGCCGCGUACCAACAUAUUUAGUUGUCGAUCAACGCGUGUACUAUUUGAUCGUUUUUACGCGAUUGAUGUUACCUUAGCAAUGGAUACGUUGGACGGCGCCCCGACGAAAACACAAAUAGAGAGUCGAUAUCUCGAAAAACACGAGUAACGUACAAUAAUUAUCUUGGGCGCUUUAGAGAAGUAGUUAAUAAUGGCCAAGAAUUGUAUUCAUGUUGAACCACCGUUCGUCGAAUUCAAGGACGUGGAACUGGGAAAGCUCUACAAGACUGUCAUCACAGCCACCAAUGUUGACAGAAUCACGAGGGAAAUAUUCUUUGAAAACCCCAAAUUAAAGGUGUUUAAAUUCUCAGCACCCAGAAGUGCUAAGAACGUGGCGCCUGGUUUGUCUGUGAGUGGCUUACUGGAGUUCAUCCCCGAGGAAGAGGAGGCGGUCACAGACUACAUUUAUGUUCAUGUAGAUGCAGCGGAAGCCAUUGAAGUACCACUGCAGAUUUCUCCUCGGGGUUGCUCACUAUCCAUGGACUCCGAAUUGGACUUUGGCUUUAUUCCUGCCAGCAGUCAGAUCAUCAGCAGAUGUAUUCCUAUCACCAAUCACGGAUCAGCGUCAGGUGUGUUCCAGGUGCUGCACAUUGGAGAUUCCUUGGUCCGACUUUCUCCUUCCAGUGGAGUUGUAGCGGCUGGCGCCACCAGACGGUUGACAGUUGAACUGCACGCUGACAAACCCAGAAAAGUUGAUGAAAAGGCCAUGGUCAGGCUUCAGAAUUGCUCCACUGUGGUUCUCCGGAUCAGAGCUCACGUGGUUGAACAGCAUCUUGAGAUCUUGGAUUUACAGGGGGCCCCCGUGUCCCGUCUGUGCUUCGGACCCGUCUACUUUGGGACAUCCCGUGUGGAACAUGUGGUCUUAACAAACAAUGGGCCCCAAGCAUGCGACUGGGUCUACUUACUUGAAGGUUCUGCUGCCGGGACCGAAAGUGGAGCAAACCUUGACAACAGCACAGAUGUCGCUGUGCUGGCCAAAAUGCAGCGGUGCAGCCCAGCCCCCCGCUGCCCAUGUCCGGUAGUGGAGUGCAUUCCGAACCAAGGCCGACUGGGGCCAUAUAAGAAAACUACUGUCGCAGUUCGUUUCAGCCCCAUUUUCCAUAGAUUACAAGUGAAACCUCGAUGCCAAGCCACUCGGCAGGACUAUUGUCUUUUUCUGCACCUGGACUCAGUUAGAAGCAAACAUGGCUUCACUCAUCGGAAUGGCACGAGCACUGUCGAGUUGGCUGUUACGGGCACCGGCUUGCCUGUGGCUCUGCUUCCAAGUCCCUCCAAUAGAUUUGACUUUUCCACCUGUGAUGUGGGUCAGCGUGGGGAACACCUUUGCGUGCUGCAGAAUCUCUGUCCGCAUCUUCCUAUCCACUUCCGUUUCCGGAAGUUGGCACAUUUUGGUGCUCAGCCCUCCUCCGGAACAAUCGCCCCUGGACGGUGUCAGGACGUAGUCUUGUAUUUCAACGCACGGCAGCAGGGGAAGUUCCAAAUGUGCCAGAAACUUGAUGUUUUGGGCUACGUUGCUCGCCAUAGGGCGAAUAAGACCACCGAGGAUGACGCUGAACUAAGGCUCGGCAGCUUUUACACCAUCUCACUACACCUCUCAGCCAUCUGCAAAAUUGAGAUGACACCUCCUUCGCCGAAAUUAAAUCCUGGUAUUACACCAACAGUGAGCAAUGCGACGGGCUUACGUCCUCACGUUGCAUCCGGCCAGUUGGCCUGCUGCUAUGAAAUGGUGCGUGCGGCUGUAGUCAGCGCUCGUAAGACAACCUUCCACAUGCAUGACAGGAAGAAUGCGAAAAGUUUAGCUGGUGAGGAAUUUCUGGCUUUGCCAAAUGACCGAGCCACCAGCGUCAGACCGGCGUCACGACACAUGCAGUUUCGGACCAUCUUUACCGGAGUACAGCGAUACACUUAUGUGGAUCCUGAUUAUGGCUUCACCAGGAAGGAGGCGGAGCUCAGGCGUCUACACAGACAAAGUUACACCGACUUCAUCAGGCAGCUCAGAGAAACACGGCUGGAGAAAAUCAAGACAAAACUUGAAGCGCAAGGGGACAACUUUGGGAUUAUACCCGCUCAAGGCCUCGAGCCGCCUAAGCUUGUCCUCCGUGACUCAAAGGCCAACCAGAAGUCAAGCAGCAGGCUGUGCUAUGCUUCCUGCAGCCCGCCCAAGGGCAAAGCCCCCAGUGCCAGGCAGGGCUCAGUGGAGUCGCAUGCAGUUCCAACUACUCACCAGGAGAUGGCAGACUGUGACAAGACUUUGACACCGAAGGAGCUUUAUCAAGUUAUCAUCGCCCCAUCGUUCGUGGAUUUUGGUGAGGUGUGCUUCCAUUCGGUGUGCGAGCAGAAGGUGGAUCUGAUCAAUCCCCUGCCAACGUUUGUGCGGGUGCAGUUUGAGGUGGACUGCUUUGAGCUGCAGGGCUCAUCUCCCCUGUCUCACGUGCUGCCACCAGUUUCCCACAAUUCGGUAAACCUGACCUUUCAAAGCAACAAGCUGGGUCAAUUCUACAGACCUGUGUCUUACACGGUGAAUCAUCAACAUCCCGGACAGAUUCUGGUCAAGGCUCAAGUUGUCCGAAAUUACCUGGAAUUGUCCACCCACCUGUUGAUUCUUGGCCCCAACGCAAACCUGCUUGCCGCAUCAGGCUACCGAAACUCAGUUACUCUUCGCAACCCGCGUAAUCAACCAGCAGAAUUCACAUGGCGGCCUAUUGUUCCAGAGAGUGGCAUCCUCUUCUCAAUUCGACCAGCUACAGGCACAGUGGAGCCAGACAGCGAACUGGAUUGUGAGGUGGUGUGGCAUGCGUCUUUCUCAUCCCCUCAAGAAGGAGACUUUGACCUCUAUUGCUUUGAUGGCAACAUACAACGCCUACACUGCAUUGCUAAGGUUGGCUCCACUUGCAUCCGACUAGCAGAGAACCGGCUGAUGUUUGAGUCUGUGCCUCUCAACAUGCCCUCUGUCAGAACUAUAAUAUUACACAAUAAUGGCCAGAACCACGCUUACUAUCGAGUGCUUGAUGUAUGCCCUCUGCCAUGCAUGGUGGUCAUCCCGUGCGAGGGAGUGGUACCCAGCCGAGGAAAGUCUGUCCUAAAGAUCCACUUCAACCCUGACUCUGUCAUGAAGUUUGACACCAGAGUUGCGAUAGCUCUGAAGAACAUGAAGCCCAUCGAGGUUCGAGUCGGUGGAUCGGUGGAGCCUCCUAACAUUGAUAUCAGUGUGUCCCACUUCCAUUUCUGCGGCGUCCAUAUUGGUUCUGAGAGACUGGUACCCUUUGCAGUGAUCAACCGCUCACCAGCUGCAGCUCGUCUCACCUUCAACCUGUCACAAUAUCCAAACUUCUCUCUGCAGCUUCCUCAGCCUGCUGCAAAAGACAAUUCUCCAGUUGUGAGGGUAGUGGAGGUGCAGGGACACCAGACAGUCAACUGCUCUCUUGUCUUCUCCCCGACCGAGUCAGCCGACUACGUCUUUGAUCUGCCGUUGAUGGUUAACGGAAUGAGAUGGCCCGUUGCUUCUCCACCGCCGUCCCGCUCAUCUAGCUCGCCCUUCUUUUCAUCUGACAGCAAGUGUGUUAUCAAAAUGAUUCCCUGGUCUAUCAACAUGACAAUGCAACAACCGCACGUACAAGCCACAGUGCUGUGUGCCCCACUGAAAAUGUCCCCACUAAGCCUACAGUUCCAUGUAGAAGCUUUUGCACAACCUCAGUCCUACACAAAGACACUGGAGCUCAAAGCAGCAUGCGAGCAGAGCGUCUGCUGGCAUGGCAUCCGAGGGAAGAGCGUGCGCUGGCGGUUCAAGCGCAACGACACGACAGCCCCAGAGGGUAGAGCGGGCGAGCUACAUUUGUCUGUGUCUCCAUCCUCCGGUUGUCUGGGGCCUGGUCAGUCCAUCUGGUUGGCAAUCAGCAUUGUGCCAGAGGCAUUUGCAAUUUUAGACACAGUGACCAGACUUUCCCUCUCGCUUUACCUGGCCGACAAAGAAGGGGGCAAGAUGGGGCAGCCGUACAAAAAGCUGCCCAUCACGGUUAUCCACCAAGUGCCCGGCAUAAGCAUCAGCCCGCCUCAUUUGAUCCUGACGCCAGUUCCAUUGGAAAGCAGCAUAACAGCCAAACUUACCCUGCGGGCCUCAGGAUACGCCAGUGGAACCAGUUUAACAGCUGAGGUAGAUGAGGUAGAGUUGGACGAUGGAACCAAAGUGCAGCCAAUCUGUAUCACCUUCCCCGAGGGGAACACCAUUCCCGCCCAAAAUCAGGCGGCCGGUGUGAACUCACUGAUCUGCCGCGUGUCGUUUUUCUCCAUGGUGACUCUGUCCAUUCGCACAAGCAUCACUUUCACUGACCACCUAAAUAACAGAUUUAAGGUCAGGAUGUGUGCCACAAGUGACAACUGUUUGUUGACGGUGUGGCCCCAAAUGGCUCUUGAACGCUCCAAGCAGCAAAUAGUUCUCAGGGCUGGGGCCACAGUUAUUGAAACCAUCACACAUCACACACCAAGUCUUUCAUCCGACCAAACGUCCUCCCCCUCCUUGUUUGAACCCAUCAGCUCGACAUCCAAGAACUCCUCAUCAGACUCCUUUGCACAAAGUGAGAGUGGGAGUCAGACCAGCAGCCAAAGUUUUCGCACCAUCGACACGCCACAGACUGAUAUCGGCGUGCCGCUAUUCCCCACUGCGACGUCAGUGGAGGGCCAAUAUUACCAGAGUGUUUUAUUAGCAUUGGAGAGGUGGUUCAGCUUUUUUGGAUGGCUGACUGGGCCACACCCCAUUACGAUACCACACACGCUCAGAAGGAUUAUUUCAGAAGACGCAGUAAACAAUCCCAAGGGACAGGCACAGGGAGUCAGCCAAAAAAAAGACCCCAGAUCCGCAGUGGAGAUGAUUCAUCAUCUGGCGGGAAGACGGAUUCCCAACAUUUCUCACUGUCAGACCUUUUCCACAGAUGUACACCAGCGGACGCUGCAGCUGCUCCAACAACAUGAGGCCAUUUUUGCUUUUCUCAGAGUACAGGGAGCUUGUUUGAGUCACAUCCGAGCAGAGUACCUCCUAGAUGCGCUGGAGUUCAACCACUGGUGCACCCUGCAGUCUGAAGAGAACGAUCCAGAAGUGGACUACAACAAUGUCGACUACGAGUCCCUGAGCAAACGAUGCUGGACUGAUUUUCUCCUGCAAAUAUAUAAGGUCUUGGUGUUGUCUCGCGUGAAAGAGUACAGUCCCAAUAUAACUCGUGACAAAUGUCAGGAAGAUGAAGAUGGAAUCCUCAACAUUCAUUCACUGCCCAGUAAUCUCUACUCUCGCCAUGAGCUCCAGCUUCUCUCCUGGCUUAAUUCACAUUAUCAUCACAUGAGGGAAACAGUGUGGGCUUCGGGCACUGUCCCUCCGGUCCGUUGGAUUGUCAAUUUUGAUUUGGAUUUGAUUGACGGACUGGUGCUGGCUGCAUUGCUCGCUACCUAUUGCCCAUACCUGGUCUCCAGCCAUUUUCAGAGGAUGUACACCACAACUCCCAGCCUGGAGCAGAUUCUACACAACAACAUCAUUAUUGUCCAGGCCUUAACCAUACUUUCUCUCAAUAUGGACCUCCAGCCCACAGACUUGUCAGAUCCCAACCCGGUGCAAAUGUUGAUGCUGUGUGUUCAUUUAUACGAGAGGCUUCCUCAGUACCAGCCCAUAAACACCAUCACUCUCUCUGGAAGCCUGCACAGAACUUUGAGCAAGCAGGUGCAUUUGAAAAAUCCAUCCACUUGCCUCGUCAAAUACCGGACCGUCCUUCUCGGACGGGAUGCCACUCAGUUCUCCCUGCCCGAUGGCUCUGCUGUCACCAUUCCUCCAACAGCAAGCACUGAUCUGACGGUGCAGUAUUGCUGCUCAUUCCUGCAGCCAAAGGAAGCUAUCCUCCUGCUCAUCUCUACUUCAGCUUCUGGCCUGCAUGGCACCACUUUGACUUUCAAAGUGGACACCUGUGUUAGUCAGAUCACACCCACAAAAAGUGUCAAGUGCAAGACUCCAUGCUAUGUGCUAAAAGUGAUUAAACUUCCAGUAACAAACACAUUCAACGUGGAAUCUAACUUCAGGGUGAUCCUGGUCGAGUCGACAGUCAACCCGUUGGAAUCAGAAAAGGAAACCGACAGUCUCAUUCAGCAGGCAUCCUUCAAGAUCAAGAAUGAAAAGAAGACUUCAGACAGGAGCUGUCACGAGGCGAUGGCAGGAAAGGACUUGGAUCGUAGUUUGCUGUCACAUAAAACAGAGAAGCGCACAAAUACGCGCGAGUCCUUAAAUGUGAUGCAUGUUUGUGUGUCUUUUGCAGACGGUGAUGGCAGCGAGUUCAUCAGCACAGUGAGCAGUGUUAGUCUGAAGCCCGGCCAGUGUGACAUACUCAACCUCCAAUUCCUUCCCUUCAGUCCAGGAGCCAAGUAUUGUGCUGUGUUGCUCAUAUGUCCCCAGGUCGGCGAUAUGGUCUACAUGGUGAAGGCAAUUGCAGACUUGCCGCUACCUUCACCUUUCAGAGUUCGACACAGCUCAAACAUAUUCACCAUCCCCAGGAACACUGUGGGCUUGGGUGGCUGUGUGUCAGCACUGCGCCUGCGCUGCAAUGUCGGACAGAUCUGCGACGAGCUCAUCCGUCUUCCCCUGAUCAACUCGUCUUGGGAAAGCGCCCUUGCCAUGUGGGCACAACACAGAAUGACCGCCAUUGAACUCCAGAGGCGGAUGCUGACUUACACUUUGCAUAGCAGCAGUGUGAGAGCAAGCAUGGCGGCAUGCAUGCUUUCCAAAAAGCAGAGCCAAAUGAGAGGUGUCGACUACAAAAACGGAGUCGUGUACAGCGUGGAGGUUUCGUUGCCUCGAUAUUUUGCUGUACCCAGCACUGUGACGAUGCCUCUAAAGAAAGACACCAACAUAUGGAAGAAUCCUGCAGAUCACGAUUGUGUGGAAAUCCCCUUGCGGUUCGCGGCGGACUCCGUGGGACAGUUCUCGUGUCAAAUCAUUCUGAGGUCCUGCUUUGAUACCAGAGUCUACUUAAUGGAGGCGCUGGUCACGUCACUGGGAGGAUCUGUUCAUUUGGACUUUAGUUCACCCGCUCAGCAAUCUGUCACACAAGAUAUACCUCUGCAAAAUGAGACCCAUCAAGACUGGACCUUGAAGGCUGAGUUGUGUGGCGACGGCUUCUAUGGCCCGAGCGUUUUGAAUGUACCAGCCGGGACGAGAGCUUGUUACCCUCUCACUUUCCAUCCCACUUCACAAUGCGUUGUCAUGGGGAAGCUGUCUUUGCAUAACAGCUACAAUGGAGUAGAGCAUGUCUUUACCAUCCGAGGCGUGGGUGAGCGCCCCCUGCCUGUGGAGCAUCUCGUACUACGCUGUCCCCUGGGCGAGACCACGAGCAGACAGCUGAAUGUCCCGAACUACACUCAAAAGACGCUCUCUCUUCAGGUGAUGACUGACCUAUCCAUUAUCAGCGGCAAUUCAUCCUUAAAAGUUCAACCCGGUCAAAGCGCUCUGUACACCCUGGCUGUGUUGCCACGGAAACGCGGGGAGCUAUCAGGCUAUCUGUCAUUUGAUGAGACUGAUCAGAGAGAUGAGAGUUGUGUUGACAAAGGUAAGAUUGUUGGACGCUACCAAGUGUUCUACACUCUGGAGAUAAUAUGUGAACCAGGAUCACCUGUAAACACCUUGAAUGUGCAGUGCGCCGUUCAGAGCUCCGUCGCCAUCGAGAUCCCAGUCAGUAAUCCGGGAGGGGAGCUCCUCCUGCUCAACGUGGACCUGGAAGGAGAUGACUUGUGUGGAGCGGACUGGGUUUUAAUCCCCCCGCAGGAAACACUUACCUACAAGGUCACAUUUUCUCCGGGAAAAAUGGGGAAGAGCAGAGGCAGCGUGGUGUUCCAGUCUGAACCAGUCGGAGAGUUUUGGUACCAGCUGGAGCUUUAUGCCAUUCCCUCUGCUGUUGUGACACUACCACAGGCUUGCUGUCCAUUGGGCAAGUGGACGAGACAGUCUAUUCCAGUGGUCAACCCAACGGCAGAUAGAGUGAAGGUGACCGUGUCCAACAGUAACCCCAGAAACUACACGCUGGAACUGGCUUCAGAAAGCACUUUUACUGUCGAGCCCCGCUCCGCCACCCAACUGGGGGUCGUCUUCACCCCAUCAUCUAUUGGAGAGUACAACCACGGAGCAAAGAUCACUUUCACCUGCCCUCAGUUGCAGCAAUGGUGUGUGUUGUUGUUUGGGCGGGGUCUCAUGCCCGGACGGGAGGAACCUUUAAGCAUCUCCUGUGCAGUCGGCGCCAGCGAGUCCUUCAUCAUUCGCUUCAAAAAUCCCACCGAGCACCCAGCCACACUUGGGAUCGCACUUACAGAUAAAGAUCCAAGUGCUGGCCCUAACUUGGUUCCAGUGACUCCUGACAAGGACGUGUUCUCUCUGUCUCUGAGCCAGUCGGAAGGUAUACAGAUAAACGAGGGUGGCAAUUUGGAUGUGCCGGUGGUGUUUGCACCCAAGUCUAUGGACCCACAGCAGGCUUGGCUGUGCAUCUCGAUGAAGCCACUCAACACCGCCAUGAGUGGAAAAAGGGCCAGGAAGAAGCUGUCGACCAUCUGUUGGAUCUACCCUCUCUGCGGGAUUCCCCUGAGAGCGCCUGUUGAUAAAUCACCGCUCUGCCUGGUCCAGUGUGAAGCGGGCUGCCAGCUGGAGAAGAGGCUUGAUGUCCUGCUCACUGGAUUUGUGCCAGGAGCUGAAAUUAAACAUGAAGUUCUCCACGCAUUUGCAGAAGACUUCCAAUGUGAGGUGUGUUUCGAAAGUGAAACCGAGGACAUCCUCACUGCCUCCAUCGAAGCCGGGAGGAGAGACCCCGAGACCGGCGUUGUGACGCUCACCAUCAAUCUGCUCUUCAGUCCGGUCAAGCAAUGCAGGUGCUCAGCAAUUCUAGUGGUGCAGCAUGCGUCGGGACAAAUCUGGGAGUUUCCACUGGAUGUCAUCGCCACGGAGGCCCAGGUCGAUGAUGUCAUUGACACAGAUGUCACAGAGUUUGGUCAAACAUCCGCGGUGGGCUUCUGCUUGACCAGCACCACUCGGAGGCCGGAGCCUUUCACCGCAACUUUCCAACCGGGCAGCAGCAAUGAGUUUGCCGUCAGUCCGGCUUCUGGAAUGUUGCCCCCCGUCGAUUCCAGCGGCGCCCUCAUCAAUGUGUUUUUCACCCCCACCGCCAAAAAUCAGAGGCACAACGCAAGACUUGCCAUCAAGGCGUCGGGCAUGCAGUGGAUUUAUGACGUCAGAGGCGUAACCGGUCCUCUGUCUGCACCGUCGCCCGGCCACGGCGCCGCGCUCCUCGCCAGUGGACAGCAGCCCAACUUUGUCACGAGGAACCGGCGCAUUCCAGCCCUGGCAAAUUCGGCGCCGUUGAAAUUCUGCAAAUGACUCUUCAUCUCACUCUGUCGAUUUCAUGCAGAGGUGUCACACACACACACGCGCUAACUAAAUGGCGCUCCGGGACAGAGGCAGCCCAAGUGUGGCGGCCUCGGCGGGAUUUUCAAUGGCACCACCCGCCGUCAAAAUCUCGCCGCUACACGACUGAUGCGGCACAACGGAUGCUUCACACUGGAUUGACGUUCUACCCUUCGAUCUUGCUCUCUUUCUGUCCUUUGAUCUUUCUUUCC